AUGACAAGCCCGCUCAAGUACCGCGUGUGCGUCGUCGAGGGCUGCGACCGGUACGCCAAGCUCCAUGGCACGUGCCUCGCCCACGUCCGGUCCAAGUCGACGCAUGCAACGGCAAUGUCGGAGCCGCGCAUUGUGCUGCCGUCGUUCGCGUCCCUCAUGACAGCGCCGAUCAUCCGGCGGACGGUCCUGGCCUCACCGCUUUACGCAGCACCCAAGAAGCGACCGGUGUGCGUGCGCCUCAAGAACCGCAAUCGACAGUGCGCGGGCGAAGGCUGCCUCGCGUACGCACGGCGCGGCGGCUACUGCACCAAGCACGGCGGCGGCCGCAAGUGUACGAUCCAAGGCUGCUCGACGACGGCGCAGGCGUACGGGAUCUGCCGCCUCCACGGCGGCGGCGCCCGCUGCAAGGCGCACGGGUGCCACCAAUUCGCGCGGUCCCACGGCGUGUGUGGUCAGCACGGCGCGCUCGCGCUCGAUGAGAGUGCGACAGACGCGAUGCUGGCGACCACGGACGAAGACGACGACGACGACGACAUGGGCGUGCGAUUGAAGGCGUAA